CAAGUAGAUAUUGGUCAGAACUGUAAAAAAAUUCGUCCGUAUUUAAGUACAUUUCAGAGUCUGUACUUUUAAGGAGUUAAAAGCGACAACCAAGUGUAAUUAACACUGACAAAAUUGUUCUUUGACGCAAAUCGUUCAUUUUAGUGUGGAAAAAAAUGCAUUUCCGCCAUUUGGCUUUACUUUGAAAUCGUAAACCGGAAAGAGCACACUCGCUAGCUUGAUGCAGGCUCUGCGCGUCGGUCUCUUCGCUUGCUUGUCGAGUCUGGGCGGUUCCGUCCUGCCUGCCUGCCUGCCUGAAGAGCUUCGCAGGAAGAAAGCGCAGCAACAAAACUACCAACGCGCACACAAACAUGGCGGCGGCGUGCCCGAGCAAGAGCCGCGCUUGAAAAAGUGUGGCCAAACUUAAGUCACCCGUCGGAGAACUUUCACUUGGGAUUCAGCGCGCCCUUCCCGUAACGCGGAACUUGGCGAGCGGGCUCAACAGCAACUUGCUUACAUGUCAACAUUGGCCCCCUCGGCGGUGUAAACAGCCGGCGCACGUCAAAAGCCAUGAUCGAGGACAAGCGUCACCGCGUAACCGACUACUUCGUGGUGGCCGGCCUGACGGACAAGUCGGCGCCGCUGGAGCACGACCUUUCCGAGGCCAAGUCGAGCGGGCCCAAAGGCCCCAUCACCGACCUGGCCAUCAUCAACCGCUCCGCGGGCGAGGCCGUGCCCGAGGGCUUCACCUGCAUCGACAGCACCCACGGCGGCCAGCCGGCCAACCUCAACCACGGCAGCCUCAAGAGCCCCGAGCUCUUCCUGUGCUACAAGCGCAGUCGAGGAAAGCCGCCGCUCAUUGACGUCGGCGUUCUGUACGAGGGCAAGGAGCGUCUGAUCCAGGGCUGCGAGGUCAUCCAGGCCACGCCCUACGGCCGCUGCGCCAACGUCAACAACAGCUCGGCCACCUCGCAGCGCAUCUUCAUCACCUUCCGCCGCGCUACGCCCGUCCAGCCCCAGAACUCCCUGGCAGUGACCGACAUCUGCGUCAUCGUCACCAGCAAGGGGGAGACGCCGCCGCACACCUUCUGCAAGGUGGACAAGAACCUCAACUGCGGCAUGUGGGGCUCCAGCGUCUUUCUUUGCUACAAGAAAUCUGUAUCGGCGUCCAAUUCCAUCACUUACAAAGCGGGUCUGAUCUUUCGCUACCCGGAGGAGGACUACGAGUCUUUCCCCCUGUCGGAGUCGGUUCCUCUCUUCUGCUUGCCCAUGGGCGCCAAGAUCGAAUGCUGGGCGCCAAACACCCGAGACCCUCUGCCCGUCUUCUCCACCUUUGUGUUGACUAUCGGCUCGGGUGAAAAAGUGUACGGUUCAGCCAUCCAGUUCUACGAGCCGUACCCGGUGGACCUGCUGAGUGAGAAGCAGAAGAUCCACCUGGGCCUGCUGACCACCGUCGAAAAGAAGAUGGUCCCCAACCGUCCGCUGAACGCCAACAAAUGCAUCUGCCUCCUGUCCCGCUGGCCUUUCUUUGAAUCCUUCCGCAAAUUCCUGAUGUUCCUCUACAAGCUGUCCGUCUCGGGCCCGCACCCGCUGCCCAUUGAAAAGCAUAUUUCACACUUCAUGCACAACGUGUCCUUCCCGUCGCCACAAAGGCCUCGAAUCCUGGUCCAACUCUCUGCGCAUGACACCUUGAUCCUCUCCCAGCCCGUUUCUACACCUCUACCCCUCAGCGGUGCGGACUACGGCACCCUCUUGAUGAAUCUGGGCUCUGAAAACUGUGCCACUUUGCUGCACUUUGUCCUGCUGGAGAGCAAGAUUCUGCUGCACUCGCUCAGGCCGGCGGUGCUCACCGGAGUGGCGGAAGCUGUGGUGGCGAUGAUCUUCCCCUUCCAGUGGCAGUGUCCCUACAUCCCCCUGUGCCCGCUGUCCCUCGCGGGGGUCCUCAACGCCCCGUGUCCUUUUAUCGUGGGCGUGGACUCCCGCUACUUUGACCUUUACGACCCGCCGCCAGACGUCGUCUGCGUAGACCUGGACACCAACACCAUCUACUUGUCGGACGAGAAGAAGCACAACAACUGGAAGAACCUCCCGAAGAAGCCGUGCAAGAGCUUGGUCAACUCCCUGAGCAACUUGCACCGCCAGAUGGCCACAGUUUCAGUCCGUCAAACGGCGCAGACGGACUCGGCGGUGGACAUGACGCCCAUCGAGGCCGACUUCACUUGGCAGAAAAAGAAGACGGGCGUGGAGAUGGAGAUCCAGGAGGCCUUCCUGCGCUUCAUGGCCUCCAUUCUGAAGGGCUACCGCUCCUACCUGAAGCCCAUCACGCAGGCGCCGUCCGAGAAGGCCACGGCCGCCGACUCCCUCUACGAUCUGCAAGGUUUUCUCAAAAGCAGAGACCGCGCUCACCACAAGUUCUACUCGCAGCUCACCAAGACGCAAAUAUUCAUCCGCUUCAUCGAGGAGUGCACUUUUGUCAGCGACAAAGACACCGGGUUGGCAUUUUUCGACGACUGCGUUGAGAAGCUCUUUCCUUCGUAUAAAAUCACCGACAAGGGCACCAAGGUGGAGGGGGACUUGUCGGAGGACACCAGAUUGUUAGAGCUGGACGAAUCGCAGAAGAGCGAGCACACCGUCUUCGUGAUGCCUCCCGAGCCGCCGGCCGAGGACGGCCGUGAGCCACACCCGAAAUAUACUUACAAAAGUUUCCCAUGGCUGAAGAUGGAGCUCUUUGACCGUCCCCGGGAGCUUCGACCCGCAAUCAGCAGCAGAGCGGCGGGCGCCAGUCUUUCCAGUAGCCCCGCGCUGCUGGCGAAGCGCACCAAGCAGGAGAUCAAGCUGGCGUACAAAAUGGCCAAGCGCUUCUACUGCGACCCUCAGCUGUGGGCCCGCUGCCUGUUCAGUCACUGCUACAGCCUGUGGUUCAUCUGCCUGCCGGCCGCCGUGCGCCUGGCCAAAUCCAAAAGCCGCGCCAUGCAGCGGGCGUACAACGUCCUCUUGAAAAUGAGGACCACUGAGGUGGAGGUCUUGGAUGAGGUGUGUUACAGGGUGGUGAUGCAGCUCUGCGGCGUUUGGGGUCUACCCGUGAUGGCCGUGCGAGUGCUGGUGGAGAUGAAGAAAGCCGGCGUUCACCCCAACGCCAUCACAUACGGAUAUUACAACAAGGCCGCCCUGGAGAGCCCGUGGCCCAGCCGCACCCGCAGCGGCCUCUUUAUGUGGACCAAGCUUCGCAACGUGCUGCGCGGGGUCGCCCAGUUCAAGCACGCGCUGAACCAGUCGUCCUCCAGAAAGAAACCCACCGUGUCAAAAACAGAAGGCGUGUCAUCGGACCGCUUGAGUCACUGCAGCGCCGACAGUUCGGGGGACGUCAACAUGGAGGAACACCUCCAGCAUGCGGGAGACGCCGGACACAAGCAAGGUAGCCAGUCCGAUCAGGGCUACGGCUCCAAGGAUGAGCUGCAUCAGGACAUUGCCGACCACUCGCACUCGUCUGACCUGCCCACUGAGGGGAGGAAAGCCAGAACGCAAGGAAGUGACAUUGCCGGAUCCGUGGACGGCGCCGUUGCCGUGGCGGCGCCUCGCCGCCCCGUCGACGCGCACACGUCUGUCCCCAGUAUUGUGAAAUUGGACACCGGGAGCUUCGACAACGGCAAUGAAUCAGUGAAAGGAAAGCUGUUCCGACGACACAGCAAGCCGGGCGACGUGUCUCUUCCUGAGGACGACCAGUCUCGGAAGCAUCGGAAGAAAGCCUUCGCCGAGCGCAGCAGAAGUUUCAGCGCCGAAACGCGGGCCGGGAUGCUCUCGGAAAAAGGCGUGGACCACAUGGCCGGCCAGCUCGGCGCCGACGCCCGCAUCCUGGCCGCCGCGCUUUCCACCGGACAGACGGCAAACAGCCCCGGCGGCGCGCCCAAAGCGCUCUUCAAAGACUUGGAGGAGGAGCCCGAAGAUUUUGAGGGGCUGAUUAUGGGGACGCUAACGGCGGAGGAAGAGAAAGAUGUGGCUCGGCGUGAGGGAACCACGGAGAAGCCUGCAAGUAAACGCAGCGAAGCAAACGAGGAGGAGUCGGCGGUGCGCGCCGCGACCCUGGAAAGGGCGGAUGUGGAGGUGGGCGCCGACCCGCUUUCCCUCCUGGCGUCGGAGAGCCAAGAGUCAACCUCGGUAAAGAGCCAGGAGCCCCCUCGCCCCGCGCCCCCCGCCGUCUCCCGCAACCUGGCGGAGGAAAUCGAAAUGUACAUGAGCCUGCGAAGCCCCCUGGGCGGCAAGUCCACCAGCAUGGAGCUCAAGCAGGCGCACGGAGACGCCGGCGUCGGCCCGCCGUCCAAACCGUCCCUAGAGCGGAGGUCCAGCCUACCCGCGCCGCCGCCGCAAACGCCGACGUGCUCGCCGGCCGACAGCCCCAAGCGCAGUCCCGCCGCCGUCACUCGCUCCAAAACGUUUGCGGCCAAGACCAAGCCGACCGUCGGCCGGAGCGCCGGCCCGGCCGUCAGAUCGUCGUCCCUGUCGCCGCUCGUCAAGUCCUCCCAGGGAGGCUCGCUGGGCUCGGUCAUCAACUCCAUUUCCGCCAUCAAGAUGGACAACUUGCUGUCGGGCCCCAAAAUUGACGUGCUCAAAUCCGGAAUGAAGCAGGCGGCCAACGUGGCCAGCAAAAUGUGGGUGGCUGUCGCCACCGCUUACUCGUACUCGGACGACGAGGAAGAACAAGGUCCAAGCGGCGGAGGCUUCCCCGCCAGCCUGGAUGAACACAUGUUGACCGGGCACGACGUGGAGGGCAGCCCGGAGAGAGGCGGCGCCGUCCCGGCUUUGGCGGCCAACGGUCUCAACCAGAGCUGCACCAGCAUCGGCAGCAGCAGCGGCAGCAGCGACACGGGCCGAGGGACGCAGCACACACAUGCAACCCCAGGGCGAGCGGGCAGGGCUCCCGACUCGGAGCAAGGCUCUUUGCACCACGCCUCCUCCUCCAGCAUCUUCCAGAACUACGCUCUGGAGGUGCUGAUGUCCAGCUGCUCGCAGUGUCGCUCUUGCGAAGCGCUGGUGUACGACGAAGAGAUCAUGGCGGGAUGGACGGCCAACGACUCCAACCUCAACACAAAUUGUCCUUUCUGUCGCGCCGCCUUCCUUCCCCUGCUGCACAUCGAGUUUCAUGACUUGCGCACGACGACCGGGUUCUACAUGAAUCCCAGCGCUUCUGGAGACAGCAUUCACAGUUCCAGCGGUGGCCAACCAACAGCUGCGAGUGACAUGAAGACGCAAGACCGCAUCGAUUUCCCUCCGGGGGAACCUACGGAAACUCUCGCUCACAGUCCUGGAACACAUAAAAGUCUGGUUCCAGAGCCGGCGCAAUCCGACCCGCUGGGUCUACUGGAGCACCAGGCGUCAGCGAAAAGAUGCAGCGGUGGCACGUCGCUGACGCGCAGCAACAGCGUUGGCGGCCCGCUACAGAGCCUGGAUUCCCCUCUGCGACCCGGUCACGGCGUCUCCACCACCAGCCUCCCCGGCAGUCUGCACGAGGUGUCGGAUGGAAUGGCGACCAAAAAGCCAAACCCCAAGCCCGUGUCCGUGCCGUACCUAAGCCCUUUGGUGCUGCGCAAGGAACUGGAGACGCUUUUGGAGAAUGAGGGAGACCAGGUGAUUUACACGCACAAGUUCCUCAGUCAGCAUCCCAUUAUCUUCUGGAACCUGGUGUGGUAUUUCCGACGCUUGGACUUGCCCAGCCACCUGCCCGGCCUCAUCCUGACCUCCGAACACUGCAACAACGGCGUGCAGCUGCCCCUGACGUCGCUGUCCCAGGACAGUAAGCAAGUGUACAUCCAGAUCCUGUGGGACAACAUCAACCUCCACCAAGAGGCCGGAGAGCCCCUUUACCAGCUGUGGAGGACCUUAUUGGAAAAGAAGGGCACAUUGGCGCCGACGGAUCACCAGGAGAUCCGCACGCUCCUCAACACCAUCGUCCGCAACAUCCAGACCAACGACGUCUACGGCCCAAUCAACCUGCUGAUCCGAGAGCUCAAACACCGUCCAGAGGACAUCAAGCGGCAGAGGAGCAUUUACAGAGAAAUAUUAUUCCUCUCCCUUGUGGCGCUGGGACGAGAGAACAUCGACGUCGAGGCUUUUGACCGGGAGUACCAGCUGGCCUAUGAUGAGCUUAGCGCAGAGCAGCUCAAGUCUCUGCACCACAUCGAUCGGCCGCCCAGCGCCAGCGUCCAGUGCUGCCUCAAAUCUUUCGGCACCCUCUUCAUCUAAUCACUUCGGACAAAUGGGUGUCUAUGGAAAGCCGUUUAGACCGUUUCUUCUGCAUCCUUGAUAUCCAGCGAUAUUGGGUGACAUUUCUGCACACGAGUUGCACAAUUGUGUCACCGGUAUUUUUGCCUUGUAGUUGUCCUACUAGUGAAGACAAAGAGCGUAAUUAGUAGAUGGACCUCAAGCUGGAUCUCGAAGAUAUGGAAUCAACGCUCAAUCGACUUUCCAUAGGUGUCAAUUAGUAAACUGGAAACGCCUCAACGGUACUUUGCUGAGGUUGCAAUACCGAGCAGUGCCUAUGAGCGGCACUGUUUCUCUGAUGACAGAUUAUUUACUGGGCAGAACAUGGCCAUUUGUAUGUGUUGGCGAGAUAGACUUUGACUGUCCUUAGUGCACUUUCUUAAAAAAAUAAUAAUAAUAAUGAAAUAAAAAAAGCAAUAGCUCAAGUUUAGCCGGAGCCCCAGACAUGACAUGGGAGCAAAAGAUUAAAUGGUGGCCACAAUAUGGUUAAAUAUGUAUAUGUAUAAAUGUAGGCACACAAAAAUUGGUGUUAUGCACGUGAUGCCACAAAUUAGUAUUUUGUGCUCCUGAGUCAGCAUUUUUUGCGAAUAUUAUCGCCAUUUUCUGCCUCCCAUUUCACAUCUGGGGCUCUGCAAAUUCACCUGUUUUGUGUGUGUGUGUGUGUGUGUGCGUGCGUGCGUGCGCGUGCGUGUGUGUGUGUGCGCGCACGCGCGCCUUUUCCAGUAUGUUUCACUCACGUCUUAAUGAAUUCCCAAGCCCAAAUCAACUCGGGGGAAAAGGGCAAAUUAAAAGUCAUCAGCGUUUUUCCAGUAACACACUGUGGGGAUGUUGGGCUGGAUGCUAAUCCCAGCCCGGAUUUGAGGCGUGGUCUUUAUUACGAUUGCCACACUGGAGCGGUGUUGUGGCAACAUUGGUCAAGUGUCUCGUGGGGGCGGGGCCUUUUUACUACUGCUGAUUUAUGAAUUUGAAAACAUUCCACGCCAAAGUGCUGCGAUGGAGAGGGAGCGCGGACAUAACGGAACACAUUCCAUUUCCAAACUGAUCGAGCCGCAGUGAAGAUGAAAUGAUGUCACCUCGGAGUCUUAACUCGUUUGUCCUCUAAAACAAACAAGAGUUUCUCUAUUUAUUUUUGUAUUAUUGACAUCUGAAUUGCAGUCAUUCUAGUAACUUUUUUAAUGACUAAUACCGUUUUAAUGUUGAACGAGAGAUUGAAAACUGAACUGAUUUGUCAAUAGUGAUCUCUCACCGUCCUGUGGUAAGGAAUUGAAUGUCUACAUAGAAAUAUGCUGCAAUAAACAAGUAUGUGACAGACU